AUGGGAUCUAUUGAUCAUGCGCAGGCCUGGGAAGAGAGGGUAGCAAAGAAACGUCAAGACUGUGCGAAUAAGAUCCCAGAAGCAUGGAGAAUCCCAGAUAAUUUUCUGGCCAAUUUUCAAACUCCAUUGGUGGAUCAUAAGAACAACCUUAUCCAAAACGAGGCUAUUCGUAAAUCGGGUAUCCUGACCGAAAAUGAGUUGAAAAUCACUGAAAACUACAAUGUAUCUAAACUUCUCUCCGCACUUGCAUCGGGCACCUUAACUUCUUCGGAGGUGACCUUGGCUUAUUGCAAGCGCGCAGCCGUUGCCCAGCAGCUGGUAUCAUGCUUGACGGAGACAAUGUUCGAAGAGGCUAGGCAGCGAGCUCGAUACCUGGAUGAUCUACGAGCUCAGGGUCAACUGGCCGGGCCACUUCAUGGCUUGCCUGUCAGUAUUAAGGAUAAUUUCCAUUAUAAGGGAACGGAGGCAACCAUUGGGAUGGUUUCAUUUAUGGACCAGAUCUCACCAGAGAAUUCUCCACUGGUCGACAUCCUGAUCAAGCUAGGGGCGGUCAUUUACGUUAAAACAAAUGUGCCCCAGACGAUGAUGACUUGCGAUUCCCAUAACAAUGUUUUCGGUCGCACUCUAAACCCCUGGAACACUAACUUAGGUGCCGGUGGUUCGAGUGGAGGUGAGGGUGCUCUUAUUGCCCUUCGAGGGUCUCCGUUGGGAGUUGGAACUGAUAUCGGCGGUUCUGUUCGAAUUCCUGCUCUUUGCUGUGGCACAUAUGGGUUCAGACCAAGUGCUGCAAGGAUCCCAAAUGGAGGAAUGCGCGUGUGCAAUACCAGUGGGAUGAAAUUCAUUCUAUCAUGUGCAGGCCCCCUUUCACUAGACUUGGACGGCAUUGAAACAUUUUUCAAGUCCAUUUUUGGGACUCAGCCUGCUCUGUAUGACUCCACAAUCCUUGACAUUCCGUGGCGACAGGUAUCCACAAAGCCCACCCUCAGGAUCGGUAUUGUUCCGGAGAGUCCUACAUUCCCUCUGCACCCACCUGUCAGAAGGACUAUCCGUGAAGCAGCCCGUUUGCUUGAAGCGCAAGGCCACACCAUAAUCCCUCUUGAUGUAGAGGAAUGCCAAGUGACGCAGGCAAAUGAAAUCGCCUGGAAUAUCUUCGGCCUCGACAAAGCUGCCAUGGGCCAUAUUCAAUCAGCUGGCGAGCCCCCGAUUCCCUCACUCGUUAAUAUUGGCAACCAAAUUGAGAAGUUACGAGCGUCUCAUCAGACUUCACUACCAGAUAUGAGCCAGCUCGAUCGGCUGGGUAGGCUAGCUUUACUAAACACUCGUCGGGCGGAACUGCGGGAAGUAUAUCGAAGAAUGUGGCUUCGUCACGACUUGGAUAUCUGUAUUGCGCCCCCAGCGCAAAGUACAGCAGUUCAGCAUGACACUUUCAGCGUGGCACCCUACACAACCUUUUUGAACUGUCUUGACUACCCGUCUGCAGUGAUCCCAUUUGGACAAGUUGGCGGAUCCGAUGCCCACGAGAUCUUUGAACUAAAGGAGAAACAAGUUGCACCACCAUAUGACUUUAAGCAGCUUGAAGGUGCACCGUGUUCUUUACAACUGUUCACCACAACUUUGCGUGAUGAAGAAUGCUUGCAAAUGACCAAGCAAAUUGAUCACUGUCUCAAACAUGCCAGUUGA